AUGGAGAGCAUACGGACAUCCAUGGUUGAGGAAGCUGAGUCGCUCAAAAAGAUGGUUGAUGAAGUUGUAUCAGAAAAUAUGGAAAAAGUGAAUAAAAUAGAACUGUCUUUGCUAGAAAAAACUCCAAGUAAACAGUUACAAUCAAACAUACACCUGAAACCGAAAGUAAAACAAACUUUGUCACUUUCAGUCGCUACUGUCAUCAAGGUCAGGGAGUUCCAAGUAACAGGUGCUGGUAGAACAUUGCAUAUAUCUCCUCAGCAAUCAGGGAAACUAUGGGUUAGUGAUUUGUUUACUCUUGUUCAGACAGAUCUACAGGGGAACUGUCUACAGAAGAUAGAAACUAGUGGUGGAAGGGAAGGCUACCACUCGGUAACACAGGAUGGGGAUCUUAUCUUUACAAACAAGGAGAAAAAUGUUAUCAAAAGGAUUGCACAGGACAAUAAAAUAACUGAAUUUUUUACCACAGAAGAUUGGACACCACUCAGCAUACAUUCCUCUAAAAUCAAUGGGGACAUACUGGUGGGAAUGCAAAGAAAUGAAGAUGAAGUUAAAAUCACAAGAUAUAACAAAGAAGGAAAAGAAAUACAGCAGAUACAGAAAGAUAGUCAUUCAAAAGGAAUGUAUAGUAGUCUCUGCUACAUAACAGAAAACAUCAAUGGAGAUAUCUGUACCUCAGACAUCCUUAAACACGCAGUGAUAGUGGUGAAUAAAUCGGGACAAUACAGAUUCUCGUACACAGGUCAGAAGCCAGUGUACCAACCCUACGGAAUCUGUACUGAUGUACUUGGACAUAUCCUUGUGUGUGAUGUGCAUAGUAAUGCAGUCCAUCUCCUUGACCAGGAUGGUCAGUUCAUUUCUGUUCUUCUCUCAAAACAACAAGGAGUACAUCUUCCCUGUAGUGUGUGUAUAGAUGAUGAGAACAAUCUCUAUGUUGGUGAAAAAAUUACUAACAAUGUAAAGGUAUUUACGUAUCUCAAAUAA